UUUUUCUGUCUCACAACAUCUGUUUCACAGUCAAAAAACAAAUCAAGCAAUUUUAAAUAAUAAAUGAAAUAAAAUUAAAUAAUUUUAAAUAAUGUCACUUGUUGCAUAUGCUGCCAGUAGCGAUGAAGAGUCCGACAAUGAGGAGGAACCCUCAACCCCCGAAGUGCAAGUUAUUAAGCCGCAGAGCACGGUGGAGACAGGUGGACAUAUCAGCGAUGAAGACGACGACUUUGUUCCCCAAGAAGUCUCCUUGCAAGAGCUGAAGCCUCAGGGACGACUGAUACUGGCAUUACCCAAACCAAAAGUUUCCGCUACUCAGGAGAUCGAUGUAGAGGACCAGGUGGCACCCGCUUUUGCUCAGCUCCCCAUGCCACGCACAAAGCCUGCUGUCAAAACUGUUAUUGAAGAAAAAGACGACGAGUUCCUGCACAAAAAAGCCAUUCCUGUUGAAGUUGAGAAACCGCCUCCUCCACCUGUCAAGCAACGCGUCAAGAUCAGUAUUCCGUCGUUGCGAGAAUUCUCGGAUGUUGACAAAGAGAGGGCUGAAAAGGCCAAGAAGGAGGGAAAACCUAUGGUGCCAAAGGGUUCGGGGCUUUUGAGUAUGCUACCUCAAGCCAAGUCUGAGCGUAACUUUGCCAAGAGUUCAUCCACGGAAAGGCCUGCCUCAUCGGCACCAACCCAGCCAUCGAAUAAUCAAGAGAAACCGAGAGCCACAAUGGCCUUUGUUCCGGAUACUGUGAAACAACGAAGAGCAGCCCAUAACACAGAAGGCGUAGACGGGUUAAAGUCUGGGCAGAAGAAAAAUGCCGAAGGCAAGGAUACUUCCAAACCUAUUCAGCAAAAACUCUUGAAGCCCCUGGUGAAUGCCAGCGACAGCGAGGAUGAUGAUGACGAAGGAAAUGGUGAUUUCUUCUCGUUGAAUAGCGAACAAAAUCUUCCCGAGGUGAGCAGCAACGAAAUCAGUGCUCUGGUGGCUAAAAAGGCGGCGAAGAUGGUAGAAGCUGGAAACAAGUACCUAGAGGAGAUAGCCGAAAAGGAAGCCGCCGAGGCCGAAGAAGCGCGAUUGCAGGAGGAGCAGUUAAAUCAAGCACAAAAGCGCUACCAUGAGCAACAAUUAAACACCGAGGCCAUGGAUGCACUAGUCGGCAAGAACGCCAAGAGACGUCGCAAGGAGGCGAAGGAGAUGCAGAUAAUCGACAUAUCCGGAACCCAGGUCAUGCCCGAUAGAGACGAAUGGAUGAGAACAGCCUUAGCAUCUUCGACUACAUACCAGCCCACCGGCGUUUUGAAUGACGAAGAGCCCGUGGCGGGCACGCGAAAGAAGCACCAGAUUACGUACCUGGCGCACAAGGCCAAGGCCAACGAAGCCGAGCUGCAGGCCAUGUGGUCGGCCAACCGGCAAACCCGCCGCGCCACCCAGAGCAAAUACGGGUUUUGAGUUUCAUUUUCAUGUAGUCCUAAUCUUAUAAUAUAUUUCUACUUUUAAACUAA